GCAAAUUGGUGCGUUUGGACGUAGGCAUAGUAAUUGGUUACUAUUUACGUGCUGGUGUGAUAAAGAAUGAUAGCAGCUACAGUCCGUCCGUUUGUGACCCGGACACUGCAGUCCGUUUGUCACAUGGUGAGAUUUCACAGUCAAGAUAGCGCUGCUUCACCAAAUUCACCCAAACCGGGUGUAAAACAUCCGGACACGAUAUUCGAUAAGAUUAUCAAGAAAGAAAUACCUGCAGAUGUAAUCUACGAGGACGAGAAAUGCAUCGCCUUCAAUGAUGUUUCGCCGCAAGCUCCGGUUCAUUUUCUCGUGGUUCCGAAGGAAAAAAUUGAUAAGCUAGAAAACAGUACAGUCGACCAGGUGGAGUUACUAGGACAUCUAACGCAUGUUGCUGGUCAGUUGGGUAAAUCGAAGGCUCCCAAAGGAUUCCGGUUAGUUAUCAAUAAUGGUGAUAACGGAUGCCAAACGGUGUACCAUAUACACCUUCAUGUAAUCGGUGGUCGUCAACUCGGCUGGCCGCCAGGAUGAUUGAAUGAUCAUUUUUCCAUGUAGUUCGUGAAUAAAGUAGAAACUCCCGCAGGUUUGUUGAUUUUGUGUU